AUGACCUCUGUUCCGCAAAGACACACUUACUAUGGUGCACCCUCCUCGGCUUACACACAAUCGCGACAAUCCGCGGCAUUUGGUACCCCCAAACGCAAGCAUGUCACUUUCGGUCCGUACAUCGUGGGAUCUACUUUAGGCGAAGGCGAGUUCGGAAAGGUCAAAUUGGGCUGGUCCAAAACCUCUGGGUCGUCAUUGGACGUGCCCAAACAAGUUGCCAUCAAGCUUGUGAGAAGAGAUACGAUUCCCAAAAAUUCUGAGAAAGAGGUCAAAAUCUAUCGCGAAAUCAAUGCUUUAAAACACUUGAACCACCCUAAUAUUGUGAAAUUAGAAGAAGUCUUACAAAACUCGAAAUACAUCGGGAUUGUACUGGAGUAUGCAUCCGGUGGAGAGUUCUACAAAUACAUCCAGAAAAAGCGAAGACUCAAAGAAGGAGCCGCUUGCCGUCUUUUUGCGCAACUGGUCAGUGGUGUUUGCUAUAUGCAUUCCAAAGGGUUAGUGCAUCGGGAUUUAAAGCUUGAAAACUUGCUUCUUGAUAAGCAAGAAAACCUUUUGAUUACAGAUUUCGGAUUUGUUAAUGAGUUUAGCCCUGAAGAUGAACUGAUGAAAACCUCAUGUGGUUCACCUUGCUAUGCAGCGCCCGAGUUAGUCGUGACUACAAAGCCUUAUGAAGCUCGCAAGGCCGAUCUGUGGUCAUGCGGUGUCAUUUUGUAUGCCAUGCUAGCUGGCUAUUUACCUUGGGACGAUGACAUAGACAACCCCGAUGGUGAUGAUAUUGGUAAGCUUUACCGCUACAUUACAAGAACACCACUCAAAUUUCCAGAAUAUAUUACUCCUGUGCCACGAGAUUUGCUGAGAGAUACUUUAGUGCCUGAUCCCAAAAGAAGAAUAUCAAUAGACAAGAUUUUACAACAUAGAUGGCUACAAGCUCAUCGUGCCUUUUUGUCUGUUACGCCUGAAGAAUGGGAUCAUGUAUCAAGAAACAAAGACAUAUUGAGGAGACCUCCACCAAAAAAGGAUGCCUCAGACUCAGCAAGACCGCGCUCAAACUGCUCGGUUUCGUCAUCUAACUCUAAAGGUGAAAAACGUGAUUCAUUAAUCAUGGACUCUUCAUUGUAUUCGCAGCCAGUACCGCCUCACCAAUCGCAAUCUCACGCCGUGGCAAUGCCAUCAUCACCAUCUCCCAGACUUCGUCAAUCUCCAGUCAAAGGGGCCCGUCAUAGUCGAAGCAACUCUGCAGCAUCUGUAGCAUUACAAGCGGUUGUUGAUGCUGAAAAGGAAUUUCAUGCCACACACGUGUCUUUCCCAACUUCGGCUUCAACGUCAGCUCUCCAAAGUGAAAGCUCGCCUCCAGGCUCACAAAAUCCAUCUCCUAGGCUUUAUUCGUACGCACUAACGAAACCAAGUCAAAACACUAUCUCCUCUUUGAGAGACAGCGUUAUAAUUGAGACAAGUCCUCAAAAGGGGUCUGCAGCAUUCCUUCUUUCUGUACCACAAAUUGAUGCUAGUACUGGAUUGAUUGUGCCCUCAUCAUCGGGAAAUUCAGCAAUCCCUCAUGUCAACACGGGGUACAAAACCUCACACUCAGCCAAUAAUCAUACAAACCACAACCUCUCGCAGCAUAGGAGGCCAAGACCAACGUCAUACCAUCCAACAUCUUACACUGCAUUCAAUGAUAAGUCAUUUACAAAUCAAAGCCCCACACUGAGCGAGAUUAAUACGAUGGAAGUAACACCUUUGAAAAAUGAAGGAGCAACAUCUGUGGAAAAAACAUCUCCGCAACUAAUUCAAAAAGAUUCAUUUACGUUGAGUAAACCCUUCGUUGAUAUGCAAAUAGUUGCUGGUGACUUGAUCAAGACUGGUGACGACGGAAACACAGUCACUAAAAAAAUCCAUGAUCAAGUGGAAGAUGCGGAUAAUAGAUUAGAUGUUUCACGGCAGAGAAGGCAAAGUCAAAGGUAUAGUGUGGUUUACGAUAAACUUUUUGGAGCCGUAGCGGAACAAUCCGAAGACACGGCAGUGGCGGAUGAUAGGGAAGCAACUAUGUCACCAGAACCACUUACUGACGUUGUUCAAGAUUCUAAGAAAAUCACUGCAUCACCAUCGGUAAAGAAAGAAAAGAAGAGAUUUAGCAUAAUGUCCGUUUAUUCGUCUUACAAUGCAUCAAAAUCUAGCAUAGAAUCCGUCAAUCCCAAGUUCGAAACAAAGGAUAAAGAUACGAGUACUAAUGAUUAUGAAAAACGUUCAAGAGUUUCGAGUUCCAGGCAUAGUUCAGCUGCCAAGGAGAGGAGUACUACAGAUGCGGAUACGCGCAUAAAGACACAAAGAAAUAGUUCUAAAGCGAGUAAAUCGGAAGCUCAAGUGGAACGACAACCAAGUUCGAAAGUAACAGAUUCUGCCAAUAGUCAUACAAAAGGUUCCCAGGCUAUUCAAACGGAAGUUCAAGUAGAGCGGCAACCCAGUACGAAAGCGCCCAAUUCUACAAAUAUACAAAGGAUCUCAUCACUACGGAAAACGAGUAAGAAUCCGCCAACCAAGAAAAAACCCAAUCGGUCAUCAGUAAUGGUUUCUUCAAUACCCAACAGCGAUAGCGCUGGUAGCACAACAACAGACAUUAGGCCCCGAGAACAAUCCACUGCUAAGAAGGUCAUGGAUUUUUUCAAGAGACGAAGCAUGCGAUUAUAA